AAAGUUGUUAAAUUCCAUAUUUUCACGUACAUUUACUCACUCAGUAACAUGGCAUAUGUUUUGUAAUAUUUGUCGCUAUUAAUAUUGUAUAUCUCUGGAUACUCAAUUAUGAUAAUAACAUAAAUCCAAUCAGAAUCAAAUAACGUAUGCGAAUUAAAUAUAAAGAAAAAAGUGAAUGCUUUACUGAAGAAUCAUUAAUUAGUAAGGAGCCAUUCGGACAGUUUAAAGCUUGGUUUGAUAUUGCAUGCAAAACACCUGGAAUCGGAGAAGCUAAUGCAAUGUUUUUGGCUACAGCCACUAAGGAUGGUAUGCCAUCUGUUCGACCAGUAUUAUUGAAAAGUUUUGGUACAGGUGGGUUCAAAUUUUAUACAAAUUAUGGAAGUCGUAAAGCUCAAGAACUAGAUGGAAAUCCUAAUGCAGCCUUAGCAUUCUUUUGGGAACCUCUUCGACGCGUGGUUCGAAUUGAAGGAACAGUUGAAAAAACAUCAGCUAUAGAUUCAGAUGAAUAUUUCAAUAGUAGACCAUAUUAUAGUCAAGUUGGUUCCAUUUCAAGUAGACAAAGUACUGUAAUUCCAAAUAGAGAGUUCCUCAUAGAAAAAGAAAAGAAAAUACAACAAGAACAUCCUGAUAUAGUUGAAAGGCCAAAAUGGUGGGGAGGAUAUAAUGUAACUCCAAAAAUUAUUGAAUUUUGGCAAGGACAAAGUGACAGACUUCAUGAUAGAAUUAGAUUCAGAAGGCUCAAACCGGGUGAAAUACCAGAUAAUCAUUUAGUUCACGAAGGAGAGAAUGGUUGGGUUUAUGAGAGACUUUCUCCUUAAAUGUUAUAGAACUGUUAUCACUAUUCAAAUGAAAUAGCUUAAAGUAUAUAAAUAUUUGUGCAUUUUUCUACUAAAAAAUGGUUACUGUAAAGCACUGUUAUUUUGUAACUUUGUUUUUAAUUUGGAUAUUUUAUUCUCUCACUGUUGAGUAAUAUUAUGCAAUUUAUCCAUGGGAUUUUUUUUUAUUAAGAUACAGAUUUUAAGAGACAGUAAUUAACUUUAACUUUACAAUCUUUGUUUUAUUUUUUGAAAAUAAUUUUUCAAAACAGUUCUUUAUGUUGCUGAGUUUUUUAACUAAUUUUUUUGAGUGUAAAUACCAUCCAAGAGAUAAAUACAGAAUAUUAAAAUUACGUUUUCAGUAUUUACUUAUAAAUAAUCCAACGUAUGCAUGAAAAAAUUUUUAUCGAGAUAUGUAUCUGAUACAUCAGUGAUUAUUAAUUAUUAAUAAAUUAAUUAUUAAUAAAUAAUAGAUUACAACCCAAGGCCGCAAAAGUAUUAACAAGUCUUCGCCUCGGUUGUCAAAAAUCAUGUAUUAUUAUCUUUCCAAUAGUUUCCCGGAUUAGGUAUGUAUGUACAUACAUAAAUAUAUAACGUAAUCUAUCUAUUGCCUCUAUGUGAUAAGAGUGGUUGGGCAGGGCUAUGACGAUAAGAUCGCGGCUUCCACAUAAAUAUAAACUAUUUGUAGUUAUAGGGACUUUUCUAAAUCGGGCAUGUGAGUUUAAUUUUAUAAAUAACGACUUCAGUUCAAAGUACCAAUUUUAGGGAGCUCAAUGAAUACUUUGUAGAUAACAAAUAAUUAACGCAAAUUAUUUAUAAUUUAUCAUCUGUAAAUAAAGUUUUUUAAACGUAUUCGCGUACAUUGUUGUCCUGUAAAAAGUAAUCUAUAGAAAAUUAUUAAAAACAAACCAAUUAUUUUUAAUCAUGAAUCUGUCCUCUUUAAAUAUCAAUCAAAUCUAUUAA